CAUGAGAUAAUUAUGAUUAUAUUUUGUUUUGAUUACUAAUUCGUGACUAAAUAAGAUAAAGAGUUGAAAUGUAUAUUCAAAUGAUCAAACCCUUAACUUUGAUUUGGAUAAUGUCAUUUUGCUUUAAUCUUACGAUGUUAUCCUUUAAUUUCGGGAAUCCUAAUCAUAAUAAACCACGGCUUCCGCCUUCAAAACAAAUAAUUUAGCUGGUUUUUCUCCUAUGGAGAUAUCAUAAUAUAUUGGCAACGAUACAAGACUGUAACUUCGGCUACUUAGUGCCAAUGUUUCAGGUAAAUUAUUUAAUGUUGUAUAUAUAUAUAUGUAUGUGGUCGAAAGAUAAUACCUUUGAAGUGAAGUGGAUUGUUCCUGAUUUCUUGGUAGUCUUAUCAUUAAUUUAUUGUUAAAAUUAACAAUUAAAAGAAAUACAAAAGUUUAAAUGAAAAAUCGUUAAACAAUCUUUAAAAGAAAUGGAUAGAACAGAAACCCACUCUCAGGGUUUCUACAUAGCGUUUUCGGUUCCAAAUUCUUCAGGUUGGUUCUCCUUUAUCUCCUUUCCCUUUCGUGUUGCUAAAUAAAUCAAAGUUGUAAAAUUCACAAACGCCAUUAACUUGAUGAGGUAUUGAGCUACAGGUGCUUGACUUCAUUUCGAUUGAAUUAUUGCUUUUAACAAUCUUGUAUUUUUGGAGAAUGCCUUUGUUCAAUGAUUGAGCAAUGGGUAUAAACGCAAAUGUGGGAGAAAUUGAUUACAGUUUCUUCCUAUGAAAAAACAAUUUCGAAUUUUUCUUGGAUCACUCAAAUAAUUGAUCCUUUUUUUCCACAAUUUUGACUGAUUGAACAUUGAUAACUUUUGGCAAUGGGUUCGAUAAUCUCAAUUAUGCUCUGUUUAUUUGCUGCCCUUUUGUUUUCCUCCUCAGAUGAAUAUGAACUAGACUUGCGGUCGUUGCAGGUUUUCUGUUGCUGCUAAAGGAUGGAGGAUAUUUUUGUAGUUGAGGCAAUCGACAAAAGAUUUGAUCAUGUUUCUCGCAUAGAGGGACGAAGUGAGAGGCUUGAAAUGUUGAUGCAGCUUGAUGUGAAUACAGAGAUCUAUCCCAUCAAAAAAGAAGACAAGUAUGCAUUGCUAAUAACUCCCACUCUUCAUGCUGAUGGAACUGGUGAUAGUGGUUACUAUGGCCAGGGUAAGCAAGGAUCCAUAGCUGACAAGUAUGAAUACAUCAUGUAUGGGAAACUGUACAAGAUCCAGGAGGAAGGUUCAGGAGCAGAUAUUAAAGCGUAUGUAACCCAAAUCUUGGAGUUAUUUAUUUCCUUUGGUGGGCUUCUGUUGUCUCUCAAGGGAAAUCCUGAUUAUAUCACAGAAUUUCAGCUUGAUCAUAAGUACUUCCUUUGCAUGAGGAAGUUGGUUUAGUUAUUGGAUUGCGUAAUUUCUUCUUUCUAAUGUGUUGUUUUUCGUACAUUCUGCAGCUGAGGUUUUUCUAAGUGAUAGUUUCUCAAUUUCAUUUGCAUUCGGAAAUAAGCCAAAUUCUACACUGGCCUUGCUUGUCUUUUUUGCAAGGACAGAUUUUCGUUGCAAAUGCAAUAUGAAACUUUGAAUACAUAGCCCUGCAAUCAACUGCAUUCUAUCAUUUUACUUCAUUUUUUCAAACGAGAGUAAGAUACGACUAA